AUGACUUCAUUCUGUCAGAACACUUUCAUCCACAUAUUGCCCAAUCCACAUUCCCCAGUCCCCAAUCCCCAAUCCCAUCCCCAAUCCACAUCCCCCAAUCCCCCACACCUCAAUCCCCUACACCCCAAUCCACAUCCCCCAAUACACAUCCUCCAAUCCACAUCCCCAAAUCCACAUCCCCCAAUCCCCAACACCCCAAUCCACAUCCCCCAAUCCCCCACACCUCAAUCCCCUACACCCCAAUCCACAUCCCCCAAUACACAUCCUCCAAUCCACAUCCCCAAAUCCACAUCCCCCAAUCCCCAACAUCCCAAUCCACAUUCCCCAAUCCCCCACACCUCAAACUACAUUCCCCAAUCCCCCACACCCCAAUCCACAUCCCCCAAUACACAUCCUCCAAUACACAUCCCCAAAUCCACAUCCCCCAAUCCCCAACAUCCCAAUCCACAUCCCCCAAUCCCCCACACCUCAAUCCCCUACACCCCAAUCCACAUCCCCCAAUACACAUCCUCCAAUCCACAUCCCCAAAUCCACAUCCCCCAAUCCCCAACAUCCCAAUCCACAUUCCCCAAUCCCCCACACCUCAAACUACAUUCCCCAAUCCCCAACAUCCCAAUCCACAUCCCCCAAUACACAUCCUCCAAUACACAUCCCCAAAUCCACAUCCCCCAAUCCCCAACAUCCCAAUCCACAUUCCCCAAUCCCCCACACCCCAAUCUACAUUCCCCAAUCCCCCACACCCCAAUCCACAUCCCCAAUCCACACCCCCCAAUCCCCCACACCCCAAUCCCCACACCCCAAUCCACAUUCCCCAAUCCACAUCCCCAAUCUCCAACACCCCAAUCCCCACACCCCAAUCCACAUUCCCCAAUCCACAUCCCCAAUCCCCCACACCCCAAUCCCCACACCCCAAUCCACAUUCCCCAAUCCACAUCCCCCAAUCCCCCAAACCCCAAUCCACAUCCCCCGAUCCCCAUUCCCCGAUCCACAUUCCCCGAUCCACACCCCCCAAUCCACAUCCCCAAUCCACAUUCCCCAAUCCACAUCCCCCAAUCCACAUCCCCAAUCCCCAAACCCCAAUCCACAUCCCCAAUCCCCAACACCCCAAUCCACAUUCCCCAAUCCACAUUCCCAAUCCCCAAUCCACAUCCCCAAUCCCCAACACCCCAAUCCACAUCCCCAAUCCCCAUUCCCCGAUCCACAUUCCCCGAUCCACACCCCCAAUCCACAUCCCCAAUCCACAUUCCCCAAUCCACAUCCCCCAAUCCACAUCCCCAAUCCCCAAACCCCAAUCCACAUCCCCAAUCCCCAAUCCACAUCCCCAAUCCCCCACACCCCAAUCCACAUCCCCAAUCCCCAUUCCCCGAUCCACAUUCCCCGAUCCACACCCCCCAAUCCACAUCCCCAAUCCACAUCCCCCAAUCCACAUCCCCAAUCCCCAACACCCCAAUCCACAUCCCCAAUCCCCAACACCCCAAUCCACAUUCCCCAAUCCACAUUCCACAUUCAAUCCUCAUUCAAACUCCAGGAGAUGAUUUUUAUUGGUCUUAG